CCAAUCGGCGUCCCCGUUCUUAGGAGGCGGCAUCGGGCGGAGAGCUGCUGUUAGUCUGCGCCGUGUUUAUUGUUAAGGUUGUGUGGAUCAGCACUGCGGAACCAGCUCGUCUCCAGAACAUCAACAAUGUCGCUUCUGGACGAGCUGGAGACACGAGACCUCCCCUGAGCUGCCUACUUGGGAUGACAGCUGCUGUGUCCAGGGAAGGAGUUAAUCGAAACACCCAGAGGAAAACAUGAAAGCAGGACAAGUGGAAGGAGGAGAUGCCAUGACAGCACACCACAAGUGAUCCCACGCCACUCUUUCUCUGGAACACCCUCAUGGCUGACUCUGUGGCCUUAGUGGUCCCAUCAGAACUGCUGCCGCCUCAGUCCGCCGCCUCGCUCUCUCCCUUCCCGUCCCUGCUUGGCUCAGGAGAGGAGGGCGAGGACGAGCAGGAGAGAGAUGAGAUCCAGGAGGGGGACAAGGAGGUCAUGGAGGGCGGAGAAGAGGUGGUCCUGGACAUGGUGACGUCGUCUGUGUCGGGCACAGCCCUGCAGCCCAAGCAGUCGGAGCAUCCCUUUCAGUGUCUGGACUGUGGCAAGAGCUUCAGGUGGUCGUCCAGGCUGACUCACCACCAGCGGAGCCACAACAAUGAGAGACCCUACCGUUGUAACCUCUGUCCCAAGGCCUUCAAGGGCUCCUCCGCUCUGCUCUACCACCAACGGUCUCACUCAGGGGAGAAGCCUUACAAAUGUCAGGACUGUGGUAAAGCCUUCAAACGCUCCUCUCUGCUCCAGGUCCAUCAGAGUGUCCACACUGGAGUUCGUACCUUCUUGUGCCCCUAUUGCCCACUGACUUUUAAGUGGAGUUCUCACUACCAGUAUCACCUGCGCCAGCACACUGGAGAAUGCCCAUAUCCCUGUGACACUUGCCCCAAGGCCUUCAAGAACUCAAGCAGUCUGCGGCGUCACAAGAAUGUCCAUCUUGGUCUCAAGCCUUACACCUGCUCAGUGUGUAACAAAUCCUUCACCCAGUCCACCAACCUAAGGCAGCACAUGAGGAUACACACAGGCGAGAAGCCGUACGUCUGUGGUGAGUGCGGACGCAGCUUCACACAUUCAUCGAACCUAGCUCUGCACAAGAACUCUCACGCACACCUCAACGCAGGAGGGAAGGAGGGAAAGAGAGGAGAGGAUGCAAGGAAGGCAAAUAUGGAGGUGGUGGUAGGGACGGAGGAAAUGACGUCAUCCAUGUUGACGGACAUGGUGGGGUUUGUGAGCCAGGAAGGAACGGAUGGGGUGGGGGUGGGGAUGGAAGAAGUGUUCCUGUCAACCACCUCAUCCAGCCAGAAUCCAACUCUGCUCCGUCAGCUCACCCUGACCUCCUCUGGGGAGGAGAUCUGUUCAUCCAGGGCUAUUGGGACAGAGGUUCACCUGAGCACUGACACCGGGGCCAGUGUCCUGAUUUACAGCUGUGGGAGCUGCCACCACAACUUUGGGACACAAACGGACCUGGAAGAGCAUCAAGUCAUCCACAUGGCUCCAGAGGAGCACUGUGGAGAGGGUGGGCCUGGGGGAGGGAUGGAGGUUGGGGAUGGGCUUGUUGGAGCUGGACACCUGCUGGCUGACUUUGAGGAGGUGGUGGAGACUACCACAGUGGUGGAAAAUGGACACGCAACAGAGGUGCUGCUUGGACUGACAGAGGUCACAGAUAACAGCAAUACAAAUGUGGGCACCACCCAGGCCCAGUUUGACCUGCUGCAGACCUUCACCGAGGUGACUCAGAGCUCUGAGACCGUUCAGCCAGAGGACAGAACCACAUGGGCAGGGCUGUCAUGUGGCUACUGCAAUAAGACCUUCAAGACCACUGGAGGCCUCAAUAGACACGUUUCACUGAUGCACGCACUUUCAUCACAGUCCCGCUCGCAGUUCAGCUGCUCCGCCUGCGACCGCUCCUUUCCCCUUCUCUCCUCACUCCUCACCCACCAGCACUCGCACACCCCCGAGCAGCGUCUCCUGGCCGAGGCAGAAGCGGAGAUUGUGUGCCCUGCAUCCCUUUCCCUGUCCAUCCCUCUGCCUUCCUCUCCCAGCCAAGCUGACAAGCACCAGGAGGGCCCGAGGGAGAUCCACGUGGACAUCAUUACCGUCGGUGAGGAGCAUGAAGAACAGCCAGCUAAACCAGCCAAAGCCACCAAAAAGACAGGAGUCAGCAAGAACACUCCUGCUGGAGAGAGGCCUUACCGCUGUUCAGAGUGCGGAAAAGCCUUCAAAGGUUCAUCUGGGCUAAAGUACCACAUGAGGGAUCACACUGGGGAAAGGCCCUACCGCUGCACUGAGUGCGGAAAGAGCUUCAAAAGGUCGUCACUGCUUUCAAUCCAUCAGAGGGUCCACACCGGUGUGCGGGCGUUCCAGUGCCCUCACUGCCCUCUCACUUUCAAAUGGAGCUCUCACUACCAGUACCAUUUGCGGCAGCACACUGGUGAGAGGCCAUAUGUGUGUAAGGAGUGCGGCAAGUCCUUCAAGAACACCAGCUGUCUGCGUCGACACAGUCAGAUGCACACUGGACUGCGGCCUCAUAUCUGCUCCAUCUGCUCAAAGUCCUUCUCCCAAACAUCAAACCUCAAACAGCAUGAACGCACCCAUUCCGGGGAGAGACCCUUCCAGUGCACACACUGCAAUAAAAGCUUUACACACUCCUCCAACCUUCAGCUGCACCUUCGCACACACUCCUCACGCAAGGACUUCAAAUGCCCGUACUGCUCCAAAGAGUUUGUCAUGCACUCCUACUUGCAGAGGCACAUCCGCACCCAUGGCAGCACCGUUCCCCUGCCCUGCCCUGGUGGUGGAGGUCAGGACGGUGUGGCUGUGAAUGCCAGUGUCGGAGGAGUAACCACCACCACAACGUUGCUCAACCCCAUCACCCUGGAAGCCUCAGGAAACAAUAGCAGCUUGAUUGUGUCCCAGCCAGCACUUAAUAUUCCCCCCAACACCUCCCAGCACUACUUCAUGAUUCAGACAGUCAGUGGCCUGCAGCUCAUUCCUCUGUCAUCCCCUGCACCUCCACCCCCUCCUCCUCUGCCACCACCUCCGUCCCAGACCCAAAACUUCCUCCUCCUGCAGUGUCCCUCCAAUAAUGGCAGCCAGUCCAGCUUGAUUCUUGUUCCCACAACAAACAACCCUCCACCAGCUCCGGAGCCUCAGACUCUGCCUGUACUCCAGACAAUCCAAGCACUCCAGCCCGUCCUAAACCAAACACAGACUCCGAUACCCCAUUAUCCAACUGUAUCGCAGCAACAGCAGCAGACCAGGAUCAUAAUCACCAACAACAAUAACAAUGCAAACACUCCUGUUGCCACGCCAACGCACACCCUGUCCACGAACUCCCUACUCACUAAGCCCAUAUUAGGGAAAAGCACACGGACAGCACGGAGCAGACGGGGACGCAAACCAAAAGUUAUUCUUCAGAAGACUGAAACGGCUCCUGUCAGUCAAACUACAGGUGGAGCUUUGUCAGCAACAAACUGUAACGUGACACAAAGUUUCACACAGACAUCAGCUGCCAACACUAGUACAGAGACUUCAUCGUCUGUCGCCACUGUUUCCUUGUCAACACCUUGCACUACAAUCUCAACAUUUCCAUCCUCCACCUCUGUAGUCCACACCUCAGGGCCCCCAUCAGCUGUUACUGUGGUUACACCAGCCACCCCAUUAGCCACAGCAUCAGUUUCUACUCCCAUCCCAGCCAUGCUGGACCAGAAACCUCAUACCACUGUUGGGCAAAUGAGGACAAGGCAGACCGUGACAGGGAAGCAGUUUGUGCUGUGUUUUGAUAAUGAAGAACAGGCAAAGGAGGGGCUGACCAUUGAGGAGGGUGGGGAGUCUUACGUGUUACAGUUUGAAGGGGACGCAUCAACUGAGGCAGUCGAUGGGGGAAUGGGUGGAGAGGGAAAGUCUCUUGUGCUUCAGUUUAAGACGGAUGGGCAAGGUGAUGAAGAAAAGGGGGAGGAUAAGGGAGGGAUGAUGUCACUUCUGCACAACUGGGGUGAAGAAAAGGAGGGUACGAGACACACAGGAGAGGGGAGCAGCCAGGGAGAGUCUUAUGUCCUUCACUUUCACACCGAGGCACAGGACAGUGGUUCCAGUGGCACUUACAGCCAAGGGCAAGAAAACAGCCUGCAGCUUUCCUGCUCACAAACCCAAGGUCUGGUGCCCCUCGACGGGCAGGACAUGGUGUUUGAACUCGGGGGUGAGACCAAAAUGGAGCAGGAAAGUGAGGAGGGUAUGCAGAUGAUAGCCCUGAUCGAGGGUGAAGGGGGCAUGAUGGGGGAGGAUGGGGCCGGUGUCAAUGAUUCAAGCGGUAGGGUUACUGAGGAUGGAGGAGCCAUGGAAGGUAUAUUCCAGCUGGAAAAUGGGGAGGAAAUUGUCAUCAUAGAGGUCAGCACCAGUAGCUUGAGGGAAGGGAGAAUCGAGAGAGGACGGGACGGGGACGUCUCACAAAGCUGUGAGGUCAAAUAUGAGGCUGCGACUGAUGAGGCAAAUGACAAUUCUAUGAAGGAACACAACUCUGCAGCCAGCACAGAAGGACAGACACCCGCCGAUGACGCAAUGAGAAAUGGACCUAUACCUAGUUCUGAAGAGAUGCAGUUCUCUGACUAAAACCAGUUUGCAUGUUGUGUGAAUGUGUGAGUGUGUGUGUGCGUGCGUGCAUGGGUGCGUUAAUAAAUGCCUGGCUUGUUUGUGAGCUCAGCGUGUUAGCACUUUAGUCAGUUUGAGUUCUCAUGGAACUGAGAGGAGAACAUGCAAUGAGAUGAGUACUCUGUUGUUAUACCAUGGUGCCAAAUAUUAGAAAUGUUAUACAUUCAAAUAGGCUGUUCAUGGUCCUCAGAAUAUUCCCCCCAAAUAUUAGUUUGAAUGAUACCGUCUUUGGCAGUUUGUUUAUUAAGUCGGUAACUUUGUGAAUACAUGUUGUAAAUGGCCUUUUCUUCUCAACCUUAAUAACUAAUACUAAGUAAUUAUGAAUAAAUUUGUUUUGUCUUA